UUCCAGAAGCACGCCUCGGUUCAAAAAGAGGAUGGUAAAUACAUGUCCCAGGAUGAUUUUUUGGACGCUGUGGCUCCCGGAGAGGACUUUAAGAAGAUUCAACGCGAGCAGUUUGGCCUUCUCUACAAGAUCGCCGACCAGUCCAAGCGCGGCCUCAUCUCGUUCAAUGACUUUGUCAUCUUCCAGAAUCUCCUGAGCAAAGCUGAUGCCGAGUAUGAAGUUGCAUUCCGUGUGUUCGAUGUCAAUGGCACCGGCAAGAUUACCUUUGACCAGUUCAAGUCCGUUCUCUCUACCAACCUCCCCGAGGAUGCCGUUCCUUUUGAUUUCGACUGUGACUGGCUCAAAUUGUAUAUCGGUAACAAGGAAGGCCAUCACGAGCUGGCUUAUGAGGAGUUCGCCCAGCUUCUCAAGGGUCUCCAGGGUGAGCGUCUUCGCCAGGAGUUUAAGCACUACGACAAGAAGCAGGCAGGCUACAUUGCACCCGAGGACUUCAAGCGUAUCAUCCUUGACGUGGCCAAGCACAAACUGUCUGACCAGGUCAUCGACCACUUGCCUACCCUCUGCAAUCUGUAUGCCGGCACAGGUACCAACAUCAGCUUCUCCAACGUAGUCGCCUUCCACAAUGUGAUCCGUAACAUCGACAUGGUCGAGCUUGUCAUCCGCCGUGCCAUCGAAGAGAGUUCAGAGAAGAGCAUCACCAAGUCUGAUUUCUUGCGUCAGGCUGCCCAGGCCAGUCGGUACACCAUCUUCACUCCCAUGGAAGCUGACAUAAUUUUCCACUUUGCUGGCGUUGACAACGCCUCGGGUAAGCUCACGCUUGAAGAAUUUUCCAAGAUUCUUGACCCUCGCUGGAAGGUCGCUAAGCCUCAGCCCGAGGCCAUGGAUACACACGAUGCCAAGGACAAGAACAAUAAGAAGAAGAGCGGAUUUUUGUGGAGUUUGGUAGAGAACAGCUAUGCAUUUGCCCUGGGUUCAAUUGCUGGUGCCGUGGGUGCAACUGCUGUCUAUCCCAUCGAUUUGGUCAAGACCCGUAUGCAGAACCAGCGUUCCAAGGUUGUUGGCGAACUUCUUUACAAGAACAGUUUGGACUGUUUCAAAAAGGUCAUCAAGAAUGAGGGUGCCAUUGGUCUUUACAGAGGUCUUGGUCCUCAGUUAGUUGGUGUUGCUCCUGAAAAAGCCAUCAAGCUUACCAUGAACGACUUUGUGAGAGGAAAGUUUAUUAACAAGGAAACUGGCGAAAUUAAGUUCUGGCAGGAGAUGAUUGGUGGUGCUGCUGCUGGUGCCUCCCAAGUGGUCUUUACCAACCCUCUUGAGAUCGUCAAGAUUCGUCUUCAGAUCCAGGGUGAGCAGGCCAAGAUGGCAGACGUGCCCCGUCGCUCGGCCAUCUGGAUUGUGAAGCAGUUGGGUGUUGUGGGUCUUUACAAGGGAGUCAGUGCUUGUUUGCUCAGAGAUGUGCCUUUCUCCGCCAUCUAUUUCCCUGCGUAUGCCCAUCUCAAAAAGGAUGUGUUUAAGGAGGGCCCUGACCACAAGCUGACUAUCACCGAGUUGCUUACUUCUGGUGCAAUUGCUGGUAUGCCAGCUGCUUACUUCACCACACCUGCCGAUGUUAUCAAGACGCGUCUCCAGGUCGAGGCACGGAAGGGACAGACUUCUUACAACGGUAUUGCCGAUGCUGCCCGCAAAAUCUACGCUGAGGAGGGAUUCAAGGCCUUCUUCAAGGGCGGACCUGCAAGAAUUUUACGAUCAUCACCUCAGUUUGGUGUCACAUUGACUGUGUAUGAGCUCUUGCACCAGCUUAUUCCCCUUCCUGGAAGCGCUCCCCACAACACACCUGGACCUGUCCUGGCAACUGACGAGUCUAGAGACAAUGCCUCUAUCCGUUCAAGAAAUGGUCUCAAGAUGUUGUUGGACUUGGACUACAGAUUUGGUGUCUACAAUAACCAGCCUGCUGCUGCCGUUGCUGCUGCAUGUCCUUAUGUUCCCAGCCCCGCAACAGAAAAGGCGUAGAUUUUUUUUAUAUUAUUAUUUUUAGGAUUCCUGUGUUAUUUUCUUCCUUUUUUUUUGUGUGUGUGUUUUAUUUCUUUUUUGUGCUGUUCUUGUUAUUCGAAACAUCUCUUUGGACGCCCUAUUCUGGAGCCCUUUACCUUUUUUUCUCUUCUCCUUCCUCAACAUUUUUUUUUGCUUUCACUGCGUAGAUUUAUUAUUACCAUGUCACUACUCCUCUAUAGCUUAUGAAUAGAAACUAAAAAAAGUAAAACUAAAACUAAAAC